ACAGAAUACAUACUUGAUUGAGUUUUGGAAAUAUCAUACAUUCCAUCCAUUCUUUUCUUUUUCCUUUCCCUUUCCCUUUCCCUUUCUUUCCCUUUCCCUUUUUCCAAGUGCAACAUACUUGUACCGGUAGUCCUCGUAGCUUCCUAUUGCUAACAAAAAGUAAAUCCUGCCAACCAACUACAAUUCACCGUUUUCUCUCCCGUCAUACCUUUCCCGCCCCCCCCCCCUCACAGCUAAACUACUGGAGUAUCUCCUGUCCCCACCUAACGCUUUAACCCCCUCUUCCCUCCUCUUUCUCUUUUUCUUACUACUCGAGCACCGGUAUUAUCCCCUCCCUCCUUAUCCGCCCUCAUCCGUCGGAUUUGGCAAUCUUCGCGCCCUCCAAAAAUCCCGGAUUCCCUCUUUACUCACUCGGGGGGCACUCACACACUCACCCACAUCUCCAUAAACAAUACUCCAGUACCCCCCCUCCUAUACAUUACCAUACAUAUUCCUACAUACUUACGGACCGCCCUACCGGAUUUGCUUUAUAUGUCAUGACUCGCUGAUCCUCCCACACACGUCUUAUCCGCUCCCCCUCGUCUUCCAUUGCCUGACAAAUUCCGGGCGGAGGUAUGCAAUCCCUUGGUAUGCCUUCCGCUUAUUCCAUUCUAUUCCCCCGCGCCACCUCCACUGAGCAAACAACCACCUUCCCAAUGCCGCAGCCUACUCCUUCGUCUACUUUUUCUUCCACUUCGUCCUCCUCCUCCUCCCUACGGCGAGGUUUGCUGACCAGGGACCUAUCCUUUGAUGGCCUGAUAGUUCCCAAGAACCGCCGCCCUAGGUUUGACCUCACUCUAGAAAUUCAUGAUCUCAAUAAUGUCCCUCUCGUUUCCGGUCAGGCAUACGUUAAAUGGCACAUCGGUGGGACAGCUCGCGCAGACUUCCGCGGUCGAACAAAUAAAGAGGGCAUUAAGGAGCAUAAAGUCAAUUGGUGCUACGAGCAGGUCUGCUCCAAUGUUCGCAUGACUGUCGAUCGGAGUGGUAUGCUACAGGAGCUACCUAUAGUUUUCGAAGUAAUACAGGAAUAUGCUGGCGCUCGCGAACGAAUAGCUCUCGGCUCUGUUACCCUCAACUUGGCUGAGUACACUCGUGUGAAUAAGGAGACGAGGAGGUACCUGAUGCAGGACAGUAAGAUCAACUCGACGCUGAAGGUUUCAAUCUCUCUGGAGCAAACCGGUGGAGAUCCGAACUUUGAAUCCCCUAUGCUAAGAGGUGCACAAGUAUUCGGUGGCAUUGCAGGCAUUAUUGGGGAAUCGCAAAACCAAGAAGAUCCCGGAAAUGCAACAGUUGCGACAUCUCAGAAACGGGAAACAAGUGCAAUUCAAGAUAUGUAUCGCUGUACCCUUGCGGCAUCCUGGCAGCUUCAAGCGGGCGAACUUCAUCCCGAAGAGUGUAUCGAAGAUAUAUUCGCCGGCGGUGAUGGUUGGACCCCUAGAUCUGAGCGCGGUAGAGCCGGCAAAGCGAAAUCUGUUCGGUAUGAGAGCGAUUUGAGCAGGAGCAGUAAAGGCAGCGACAGUGAUUCUCUGAGUGUUGUGAGUGCAGGUGCCGCUAGUGGAGCCAGUUCAACAAACCAGGCGGCAAUGCAGCGCCAUACCAACACCAGGGAUGCCCGAAGGAGAAAGGAUGGCGAUACUCUCAGCAUAAUGAGUAACCUUACGGGACCGAAGGUUGAGCGAAAGCGGAGCAGCCGUAGCUCGGGGAGUGCUCGUAGCGCCUAUGAGGUGGACGAGUUGAGGGCUAGGGAAGACCUGGUUAGCUGGAGGAUGCCUUCGGCCGUCUAAUAAACAACAUCACUUUCCUUGACAAUUUCCCUGUCUUGCUCAUGGAGCUUUUCUCUUACCACAUCGGGGUUUAUAAUUUCAUUACCUUUCUACCACUUAUUUCCUAGCUUACGGAAGGCAUAUGAGCGUUUGGGUGCUGGGAUGGGGUUUUUUUCCUUCUUUUUUGGGGGGAAUCGCUGGCUAUCGCUCUUAUCUUCCUUUUGUAUCAAUUUCUUUUUUUUCUUUCUUUUUUCCUUUUUUACACAAAAAACGGUGCUGGUAGCAUAGAUUGGUUGCUUCGAUUUAUUUAUUUCUUUGCAUGUAUUAAUAUCACUUGAUGGGGUGGUUUAGGUUUCUUCCUUUCCUGAGCUAUCCCAUAGGUGAAGUAUAUAGAAACUAUAGAUGGAAGGGAAGUAUUUCUGGUUGAUCAUUGUAACAAUAUAAUAAGGAUUCAUCACACCA